AUGUCAUGCAUGCAUAGCCAUGCUUCAUAUAAGGGACUACACCACCUCCGAUAUGCCACAAGGUCGCUAGUAAACUACCUGGUUAUCUCACGUCUUGACUACUGUAAUGGACUUUUGUAUGGCAUUCCAAGGUCUUGUUUAAACAAACUUCAGAACGGUCAAGAUGCAGCUGCACGUAUAAUUACGAGGACACGCCGUAACCAGCACAUAACACCAGUGCUUAAAGAACUACAUUGGAUUCCUGUACCAUACAGAGUGGAGAUUAAGAUCUUGGCCCACACCUAUAAAGCUCUUCAUGAUCAAGCCCCUAAGUACACCAAGGACAUGCUUGAUACAUACAGACCUUCAAGAAAUUUAAGAUCACAAAAUUCAAAUUUAUUUGUUGGGCAAAAAUCACGUACUGUAAAAUACGGUGACAGAAGUUUCCGACAUGCUGCACCAAGAUAA